UCUACAGGAGCUAUGGGUAUUCGUUAAUGUUUAUUAAUUAUACCUAUUACCUACACACUAUUCAGUAUUUUCACAAAUGUCAAUGAUCAAAUUAACUAUAUUACUAGUAUAAUAAGUAUUAACUGUAAUUGUCUACCAUACAAACUAUUGAGUAUUGAGUCAAAGAAAAUGUUUUCGCGAAGAGUCUUACUGAAAUGUUGUUCCGAAUGAACUAUUUAAUAGUAAAACAUAUUUGUAGAAACAACUAUGAUAUAUCUAAGAUGCUACUAUAAAUAUUAUUAUAUAACUUUGUUGAGCAUUUUUCUCGUAUUGUGUUUAAAUGUUUAUUUGGUGUUUUUUUUUUCGAAAGACGAAUCACCAAUAGGAACACCAGCUGUAAUAAAAUACAAUGCAACAUACUUCGCUUCUCAAAAUAUUUUGAAUUCAUUGAGUAAACUUGACAAAGAAUAUGAUGUUCCAGUUCCAACUAUUCAGUCAAAUGUUUUAAAAGAACUUGAUAUACUCUUAAGUAAUUUAAAAUUAAAGAUCAAUGGUGAUAUUGAUUUAUUUGCUGCUACUGUUAAAGUAAUGAACCAAAAUGGACUUAUGCCUCUUUAUGGUACACCCUAUCUCGGAUCAACUAUAAACUUAUUAAAAACAUCAAAAAUAAUCAAGACAUAUAAUGCUUUUAAAGGAACCCAGCUCAAGUUAAUACUUAUGUUUGAAAAUAAUCAAGAAGUCUUAUUUAAACCAAAAUGGUAUUUAGAGUCUGAGGUUAUUGAAGGAAGUGUGUAUGCUGGUAAAGAUCGUUAUAAUGGUGAAAUAAUAUCAUUUUAUAUUUCUCUUAUUCUUGGAUUUCCACGUGUUCCAAUUGUGGUGAAACGAAUCUUAGACUCAACAGAAUUGCACGAAACAGCAAAUAUUGGACUAAAAAAAACAAUGUAUAUAAAUUCAACAACCAAGGAGACAUGUGUUUAUGGCAAAUGUUAUUAUUGUAAACGCGAAGAUCCAGUAUGUACAAAAAGUGAACGUCUAGAAGGAGCAGCAAUAUUUCAUCUGCCAUCAAAUAUCAAGCUUAAACAACAUUUGCAUCCUUGGAGAAGGACAUAUAUUGAAAAUAAAAGAGCCAGAUGGGAAGAGGAUAAUGAUUACUGUGAUAGUAUUAAAUCUAACUAUAAUUCUGAAAGAAUCUUAGAUUUUAUUGAUAUAUCUAUUUUUGAUUUUAUUAUUGGAAACGGAGAUCGACAUAGAUAUGAAGUUGCGGAACAAUUUAAUAAUACUAUUCUUCUCAUAGAUAAUGGAAAAAGUUUUGGGAAUCCUUACAAGGAUCACAUUGACAUAUUGGCUCCACUUUAUCAAUGUUGCGUAAUCCGUCUGAAGACAUGGGAAAGACUUAAGUCAAUUAAAGGCGGAACAUUCACAAACAUAUUACAAAGUAUGUUGGACGUGCAUGAAACCUUAUCUCUUCUUACUCUACCACAUUACCGCGCACUCGAGCGACGACUAAAAAUAAUUUAUGCUACUGUUGUUAUGUGUCAAAAAAAAUCAGAUCGAUCAAUUCUCAAAUGAUUUUAAUGACAUUGUUCAAAUCCAAUAUUAUUUUUCAUUUGUUAUUGUCUUACUGUAAUUGCGUUUACAGAUAUAGAUUGUGAAGUAUUUUAAAGUUCAAAUCUUGGACCAGAGAUACACGAUCAAUUUGAAAUUAUAUCAAAGUAUCUGAUAUUAAUGAUUUAAAGAGGUCUCUCACGGAACUAUGUAUUGCACAAUCUUUUAGAAACUGAUCAAUUUAAUAACCUACAAUAAUAUUAAAUGUAGCCAGGUAAUUAAUGCAUUCAGCUUUGCGCUAUUCACUUAAAGGACAAAACAAAACUUGGUGGUUGGUACUUACCAAAGGUAGGCGAGUUAGCUUUUUUGAGUUACUAAGUUAUGAAUGUUGUGCUAUUAGUUAAUAAAAUAGGUUUUGUUCAACCUAAGACAAACUAAUCGAGACAGUAGAAGUUUUUAUAUGUAUAUGUUAGUAAAUAAAUAAAUGUAUAAUUCAAUUUAAUUUCUUGGUAACUUAGUUAUUUACAUUUAUUUAUUAGUAAAAAAUCUUAUUAUUUGUCUGUUUUAAAUCAAUUAGCUUUUACUGUCAUGAUUUGUACAUCUUAGAUUUUAUAAAACGUUUUUAGCAAAAGUGCGAAUAAUACUAUAUUUUUCAGCUUUUACUGACUAGGAUUAGUAUAUAACCACAACGUUUAGUACAUUUUCAACCAUAUAAAAAUGGAUUAUAUUCUUGACUUCAAACAGUUUUGCUAAAGCUUCUUACCCACUUCCCUGUAAUGUUGUGUAAAUGCUAUGUGGUAUUCUUGCUUACAUCCAUCUUUAUAAAUUUAUUUUUGCUUACAGUUAAAUUAAUUUUGUGAAGGUUGUCGAAGUCAGUACGUUUAUAGUACAAAAACUUAUCUUAUUGGCAAAACUCUCACUCCCUUUAGAAUAGUACGAUUUUGUUAAUAUUUUUUUAUUUAAUUAAAGAGAACAUUUUGCAGGUUGAAUCAAAGCCCGAUUUUCAUAAAAUUAUAAUAUUAGCUAAAAUUUGUAUUUGAAUAAUGCACAAUGUUUGUUAUUUUUUUGUCACUAUUUAAAGUACAAUGAAAAUUCGGACUUUGAUCCAACCUGCCAAAAUUCUCGUCUUUAUGAUAAAAAAAAAAAUGAUCAUAUCCUGACAUAUCAACAAAGCGUAAGAGUUUUUUCUGUUAAAUAAUUUUUUUCUGAAAUAAUAAUAAUAAUCUUCUAAAUAGGUAUCUGGCAUAAGAUUAGUGGAAAGUAUUAUAAUUAAGAUAGCAACUAAAAACAAAAUGUAAUUUUCUAAUUUUAUAGAAUUGCAAACAAUUUGUAAAACAUGCUUUGAGACCCUGAAGUAAUGUCAAUACUUCCUCAAUGGCCUGUAAAUAUUCCCUUUCACUAUAUAACUAUUUCAUCAAUGUAUAUUUUGAUAAUUUGUUUCUGUUUCUAUUUUAACUGAAUUUGUUAAAGAAUAUUCCCACAGAUGCAGUUAUUGAUGGAAUUCUCUUGUAUACAUAAACCCCAUUAUGUGUGUUGAUGACAGUUAAUUAAUUUUACUAUUUUUUAGACUUUAAGUAUGCAUUAAGUAUGCAUGGCAUAAAUCAGAAGUUGAAAACUGUAGACCUCUAUUAAUUUUCCUAAAAUUGUAACUGAGGAAGUAUAGAAAGAUUAUUUAAAGGGGUAAAAAAUAUUUAAAUAUAAUUUUUAAAAAAAACAUUUAGUAACAACAUAUUUUUAAAAACAUUAAUACUUUUUUGAAUAAUGAGUGUUCAAUGAUGUAUGGUUCAACCGUUAUUGUAAAAAUUUAAAUAUGGUAUAUUCUUUUUGAAAUGUUUUUUUCUAUUUCCUCUUCAUUAUCAAGUUACCUAAUUUUUCUAAAAAUAUUUCUGGAAAUGUAUUAAAUAUUUGUUGUAUCAUAUAAAUUUGCUUCACAUUGGAUAUAUUUAAUAUUAUGCUAUAUUAUGUUUCAAUAGUUAUUAGUUAACAAACUAGUCAGGUAUCAAGUAGAUUUUACUUGUCCAUUCUCUGUCUAUUAACAUUGGGCCUUGCAUCUUUCAUAAUAUAAUACUAGUUGCCUUUGAAUUAUUUUUAUUUUUGUGUUUCACAUUAACUCUUAUGAUUCAUGGUCUCAACUGUUUCUUUUGUAUAAUACUGAAGUUUUAUUCUGUUCUUUUAACAUUUAUUUCUAACAUUUUGCAUUGUAGUCCAUUUUAGACAUGACAGAAACUAAGAAACCUGUAUCUAAUUCCAUUUCUACCAUUUUAUUCUCUACUUAAACUUUUAAUUUGAUUGGUUCUAUUAUUUUAUUUUAUCAUAAUUUGUUAAAUGAUAUAACUUGUUCAAACUUUAAACUAGUUCAUUAUAUUGUGUUCUUCAAUUAUCAGUUUCUUUGUUACUAACCUCACUUUCAUUAGGCAAUUUGUUUUUUUUAGGUUUUUUAAUUCUAUAAUUAUAGGUUUAAUUAGCAACUUUAUAAUAUGUCUUACAAAAAAACUCCUUGUACCUGGAAUAAUUUGUAGUUGUUCUCUGAAACAUAAGUACUUUUUUAUUUGGUCUAUUUUAUUAUUGCUCGUUCUGCGAGUAAGCUGUUUCUUGAUAUUCCACUGAGCUGCUUUCUAUGUCUGAGUAGUAUUUUGUACUUUUCAUUUCUAUGGUACCUAUUUUAGUUUUUAACUCUUCAAUGUAUUUUUCAGCAAGUUUGUCUUUUUAAAUUCUUCUUUUAAUGCAUUUUCAAAAGCAAAUUCUUAAGCUUUCAUUAACAUAAAACUUUGUUUUAGUUUAUUUUUAAAAACAUCUCUUUCUAUGUAAUAUCUUAGGUAUUCAGUCAAUACAGUUCCAAAGUUUCAAUCGCUUUAAACAUUUUUAUCUCCUUUACAUAUUGUUGUAUACUAAUACUUUUAGUGUUUUGUCUAACCUAAUUAUUUCUGAUAUAAAAUGUGGUUUGGAUUAAAAAAGAUUGUAGAUUUUCUUUAAUUUGUGUGCAGGUGUAUAUGGUUUUUUGGUAUACUUUCUUUCUUCUUCUUCUUGGGUAUUAUCGGCCACUAGGACCAUCCCGUCAAACAACCAAUCCUCCAUGACUCUCUGUCAGCUGCUUUUGUUUUCCAAUCUGGGCCACCGUUCAGCGAUUCCACGUCUUUCUUUAUUAAAUCUUCCCAUCUUAAACGGGGUCGUCCAAGGGGCCUUUUCCCUUUUGGGUUCUCUGUCAAUACUACGUGUAGUAGUGGGUUCUGACUACGCCAUGCGUGACCCGCCCACUGUAACCUCCUACUCUGGAUUAUGUUUAAUAUGUUUGGCUUCUGAAAGAGUUCUGGUAUACUUUCAUAAAUCUUUUAAUGUAUCUUACGUGGUACUUUCUUUUUCCUAUUACUGUAAGAAAUGUAGGCUUUUUUUUUACUUCUACUAUAUUGUUUCACAUUGUACAUAACUAAUUUUAAGUCAGAGUUUAUGUUGCCUGUUCAAGGCCUAAUGCUUCUUGGACGUUGUUGGUUAUUUUGAUGUUACUGUAGUUUCGGUAGUGGCAAAUUAUGUGUUUAAGUGUAAGUAUUUCUCCGGGUGUAUGGAAUUCAUCUGGUUCCACAGGUGUCUGUGCCCUGUUAGUUGACCAUGUGUGGCCUAUUUGGAGUUUAUUUAGAGUUGCUUCCUGACUUGUUUAUAAAGCAUUCCACUACUUUAGAGGACGCUACACAGAUAUUUAUUGUCUACGUAUUACAAGUGCAUAACAUAACAAAUUUACGCGAAAUUAAUAAAUACAUUUUUACGAAUUUAAUGAUUUAUUUAAUAUUGAAAAAUAUAAUUUAAGAAAUAUUUAAAAAUUAUAUGUAAUUUAUUUGAUGCUAGUAUGCCAUUCAAUAACAUAAUAUGUGCCGUAAAAAGUAUGUGUGCCAAAUCUGGCGCUAUAUUAUACUCUUUACUUGCCAAAUAUAUAUAUUAUCUUUUCUUUGGUACAUUUAAUUAGAUUAUUUUCUACUAUUCCGAUUUAACAUAUUCAAAGAAUCUACUUAUGCGUCUUGGUUUUCUAAUGAGAUUAGGCAUAUAAAGAGAAGGCUCAUGAUAAGUUUAAGUUGUUGCUCUUUACCCUGGAUUAUAAUGAAUUCUUGUUCCUGUAGGCCAAAUUUAGAUAUGUAUCCAAAAUGUGAUUUCGGGAUUAUAUUGAACACGCUAACCUAAGCUGUAACAUGUUUUAAAAAUAACCAGCUUACUAGCUUAGGUUUUGGAAAUUUGUGAAUAUGAAACCUACAAGUAAUAAUGUACCAAAGGUUAUGUCCUUCAAUGAUGUUAAUUAGUCUGACGGGCCAGAGUCAGUUAAUCUAUUUUCUAUUUUUUUCAGAGGUUUAUUUCUACUGAGCUGAAAACACUGAGGUAAAUAAACUUGGCAUCCAUUCUAUUGAUUUACAAAUAAUGUUGUCUUUUGUGUUGAUGACGUUUUUCGUGGUCUAUCUGAUCUGCUAGUAUCUGGUAAAUUUGUCCUAAUGGUCUAUUGGGUCAUUUCUUAUAGAUGAGUGAAUUUCCCAUUCAAUGUUCAUGAUAUGCUGUGUCAAGUCUGGUUGCCCGUCUAUAGUUUCAAACUAUUGGCCUAUCCAAUAUCAUUUUUCUAAUUUUAUUUUAAAUGCCACCCUACCUUUAGAUCAUUUUAUCUUUAUGGUGGAGGAGCAAAAGUUUCAUCCAGUGCAGUCUACUACCGCCUUUACUCUUUAGCUUAACAGCUUUAUGUAUGGCACUUUUCAAUGUCAAUCCUAGCUAGAUGUAACUUAUACCAAAUUUAACAAAGCUUCUGGUUCUCUAAAUUGUAAUGUUCUUAUUCAUAUUUUUAAAGCGUCCCAGCAUUAUGGUAAGUCUCUAUUGUCUUGACUUCUAGUUAAAAUUAUAUAUAUUUUAAACUAUAUACUUGUGCUCUAUUGAUGACUAUUGUUAGCUACAGGCCAUUAAUUGGUUCAGAAUAUUGUUUAAAUAAUUUUCUAGUAGUCGAUCCCCUUUUGUUUAUUUUUAUUGCCUUGGAGGGAUUGUUUCUUGUGCUGUGGUUUGUGUUAAGGAUCUGGGCUACAAGGUAAGUUAUAACCUUAACCCUGGUUUUCAUAUUGAUUACAUGUGCCGCAAGAGCUUUACAUCUCUUGAGUUUUUGGCCAAAGAUUUUUGUUUUUUAAUGCCAAAAAAAUUGCUAAUUUGUGUUUUAGUUAGGUCCAAGCAAGGUUGUCUGGAAUCUGCAUACAGCAAGUGGUUCUAGGAUACUUGAGCUAGUUCAACAAAAGUUUUUCCGGUUAAGUAAUUAUCUCCAUAUCCCUAGCAGGGUAACUUCAUGAUUUUACCCCUGUUGCUACUUUUCUGAGUCUAUCUUCUUUGAACGAACUUUGGUAUGCUGCAGGUAUUUAGUUUCUCGGUAGACUAAUAAAGGGUAUCAUCGAAUCGUAUCCUUCCAUCACCAUUUAACUUUAACUAUUUUUUUUAUUUUUGUUUGUAAUCUUUUGCACCUGUUAUAACUUUUUCUUAUAUUUCUGUUUUUAAUUUUUAUACCAAUUGUUAUAUGAAUUUUGUAAUUUGUUCCAAUUGUAUUGCACAAUAAUUAUCUUUCAUAACUUAGGGCCUAGCCCGUGUGUAUUAAUAAAAUAAUUUUAAUGUUUAUUCAAGCCAUUUGAUCUAGGAUAGUGUGGACUAUGUACUCAAGAAUCAAUUUCUUAAAAAAAUCUUUUAAGGCUCGAGAUGUAAACUGAGCCAAGUAGUCAGUAUAAGACACAUUGAGGAUAUUGGUUGCAAACAAUUUUUUUUAUAAGAAAUUUUAUUUCCUCCGAUUUUUCAUUAUUUAACUUUUAAAAAUCCAGAAUGACUAUCCACUUACAACUUAUACAUAAAUAUUAUUAGUAUAAUAGCAAUCAAAUAUAGCAAAAAAAAAUAAUAUACAGUGAAACACAUUUAAGAUACUUCUAUGUAUUUUUUCUACUGGUUCCUUGGAGAUCUUAUUAAAUAGGUUUAACUAUAAAAACUAGGUUAGUUAAGUCAUCUUUUAGAUUUAUUAGUUUUAAUUUUAUGCUAAUUUAUUGCGUUGUUUUCGGUAAAUGGUUUAUGUUAUACAAGUACCUAUAUUUAAUUAUUUUAUAUAUGCAACGCUGACCAAAAAUAUUAUAUUGUAAAUGUAUUCAUUUCUGUUUGAAAGGACCUAAUUGAAUGUGAUUGUACUAUUAUCUAUUGUUCAUGAUCUUUUUACAUUUAUUAAUUAUUGUUUAAUAUAGUGCCUAUGUGUAUUGUAGUGAAUUAAAACUGUAUCUACAUAUUGUUAUUUAUUGUGCUAAUUAUUGUAAUAUUGUUUAUCGAUAAGUUAUUUUUGUUAUGAUUUAAAUAAGUUAAAAUAAAAAAUAUAUUGC